UGUGAGUAUAAGCUGAUCCAAAAGCAUCCACAGCACUCUGGACGAAGACUGUCCUCUGCUAUUGUGGAUGAAUUGCAUGCUUUGUCUGCUGUAACAACUAGAUUUGUCCUCUUCAGUUGGUUAAUGCUGUUGAGUUAAAAUCACACACGCCAAUCUUGCAGUCUUGAAGCAAUAGUUGAAGACUGUGACUUAAAAACCCUUCAGUGCAAUUUAAUGUGAAAGACAUUGGUUGAUGUUUUCUGUGGUCAUAUUUAAGUGAGUAAGAUGUGUUCAUUUUUUUAUGUUUUAAGUUUAAAGAUGUACUCAAGAAAUAUAAUUGCUUCUUCUAUGGCUGCAUGCUAGCCUAGUUGGUAAUCAAAGUAAAGAAUAUUGUUCUUCAAAGCCACACGCAUUUCAGAACAUCCUCAAUGUUAACGUUUUAAAGGGAGGAUAUUUUAUUAAACUGUUCACCAUUCACAGGAAGCAAAAAUGCUUCCAAUUUGUACUGCAUUUGUCAGUAUAUCAACAUUUUCUCACUACAACAAGGUCAUUCAUUUCUUGUUUGUGACACAGCAACACACAACACACAGCAAAGAUGACGCAUAUAUACUUAUGGUCAUAAAUGAUUGUAUGAGCCUGGAGAAAUAGACAGGCAAAGACACACAAUAAAAGAUAGUGUACUAUAAAGAAACAGAAAUAAAUUAGGAAGAGAAGCUGCCGGGCUGAGAGACUGUGAACAGCGAGGGAGGGUGAAAGACUGGAAGCCACAGAAGGAAAAGGCCAUGUCACGAGAAAGAGUGGGUGAGCGAGAGACUGAAAGACUGAAACGGAGUUCGACAAUUGAAUGGGGAAGUACUGAUGGUGAGCACAUGGGUGUGGUUGGUUAGCAGCGUUUCAGAAGUGGCAUACACAGGAAGGAACCGUGGAUGAUGAGGAUGUGGAACAAUCUCUGGACUCGAGCCCCUCACAGAAUGGAUACCAAGAUUUAUUUUACCCACUUGGCCUUCUUCCUGCUUGUCACGUUUAAAGUGUCAAGGGCUCAGACUUCCACACCCGCAGUUCAAAUGGAGUCUGUGAGCAACAGUAUGGCGAACUUAACAACAAUGCCUGCCGCUCCAACUCUUACUGGAAGAAGAGUGGAAAGCAGAGUCACCAGAGAUGCUGACUCCUCCUCAACCACAAACAAGAACAUUAGCACCAACAACCCAGUCAGUGUCCACACCACCUCAUCAGAGAUGAACACUUCAACAGCUCCAACAACAAAACCAAAAACAAAGUUCACACCCACUCCAGCAUCCUCCGUGACAUCCUCCCCAUCCAUAACUGUGAAAACCACCAAAAAAGGAGUUGCCUGGGAUCCGAAGUGGGAUGAAGAUUUCACCUAUGAUUAUAAAUCCCUGCGCAUCGCUGGACUGACUAUUGCAGCAGUGCUUUUCAUGUUGGGCAUCAUGGUCAUUGGCUGUGGCAGGGCCUGUCGGCUUUUCAGAUGUCAGAAAAGUUCACCAAAAUCAUAUCGAGUGGCCCAAGAAUAAGGAGAGAGAGAGAGAGAGAGAGCAUAUGUUCAUUGAUAAAAGUACAGAGCUGUAAGAAACCAACCAGGAGUCCAUCAAGAGAAAAUCUGGCAUCAUAUGUGUGAAUGUAGACUGUAUGCUGCUUGCUAACAGUGUCAUAUGAAAACACUCAAUAAACAUAGAAAACAUGAAUCAGGCUGACAAGUGAAAAAAAGGAACCCUCACCUGCUUAAUCUUUGUCUAACAUCAUUUCUAUACUGUGCAAAACUGCACUGAAAAGGGCUUAUUUCUCUUUGCAAAUAAUGAGGAGAUGAUUCAUAUUUUAAUCACACCUUCAGCCAAGAAGCAGGCUCGUUUCCAAUGACCUUUUAUCUUACAACUGAUAACACAGCCAUAGGCUGUGUCUCACAGCCAGGAUUAUUAUUAAAGGUUGUGAAGAAUAAACCCAUAACAUCCCAUACUUGACAAUCUGGCACAACACUAAGACUGAAGCUGGGUCACUUCCUCCUUCUGAUAGAUACUACACGCUCUUUACACUUUCAAUCUGAACAAAAACGUGAUGUUUAGUCAGGGGUGUCUAAGCCUCUUAGUGGCUCUAUGCUUGUAAGUGAGUAAAGCCCUAGAUUAAACAGGAUCCACUGGUGCAUUAUCAUUGCAUCCAUAUGGCAUCAAAUGAUGCAGACAAUAAACUGGGAAAAAACGAACACACUGUAUCACAGAUUUAAUGUCAAAAGCAACACAGAGUUUAUACUUACUGUAUAUGAUGUACAAUAGUAUUAACUGUUCUAAUUGCUAUCAUAACAAAAUUAAGGAGCGUAGAAGUGAAAACAGAAUCGAUUCAUGAUAUAUGGUAAUUGUUUUUUGUGAGCUAGAUGGUUAUGUAUUAUAUACUUUGUAAAUAAUUCUAUAAUGAAAAACUAAUGGGAAUGCCACCGGCACAAAUAAUACAUACAGUAUGGGUUCAUCUGGACACACAAGUGCAUACAAACAUGUAUUCAACAUUAAGUCCAACAUUUGCUGCAAUAUGACACAAAUACAAAUAUUUUACAUAAGAAAGCUUUUGGAAAAUAACUGACUCCCACCCGCCACAACAUGUUUUACACAGAAUUUAUAAAUGAACAGCGGAGAGAAAACAUCACCAGUUAACACAUGUAUAAAAAGACCAUUUGGUCAAAUAUAAUAUUUUUCUAUUAAGAGACACAAUACAAAUAUUUAGGUCUGUAAAUACAUAAAAUAUAUUAAAAACUAGAAUAACUGCGUAAGGUCUGAUAAGAGCUUUAGUGCGGUGGUUCUGAAAGCUGUAUGCAGUGCAACCUCAGAAAACACAUGCUACUAGACAAGACACAAGCAAUGGAGAAAACAGUUUAUACAUGCGCAUUCAGAAAACAAAUGCAAAGCUAGAAAACGACCAAAUACAGAAACAAGCUACAGAGAACGAAAUACAAGAGUGUUGCAAGUCGUAGAGAGUUUUGUGAGUUUAAUUUUGUUUUUGGAAAGAUUAUACGACAUGUUUUAUAUGACCACUUCGAGCCGAUUGCUUGGAUAUAUUGCAGCUUGUUUUUGAGUUUCAUUGAAAUGUGUUUUACAACACCUUAGUGGUGUCUACACUGGGGGAUUAGCCAAUUGUGGGUUGUAUUCAUUCAAUCACACAAUACAGCGGUGGUCAUUGCAGACACACCUAGUGGCGUUCUGCACCCUAUAGUGCACCUGUGUAGUUAGUAUUCGGUUGUGUUUUCUGUAUUUGUUGCAUUUUUUUAAAAUGCUAUUCACAUUGAUGAAGAUGUUUUCUUCAUUUGCUUGAGUUUUGUCAGUUUGUCAGGGACGCUGUACUCCUGCUGUAGCCUGCAUGCACCGAAAAAGCCAGUUUAAAAAAAGGGGAGAAAAGAAAAAGCGUAACCUCAAUCUAAGCAUACAUCGCGUUGAGAAAAAAAAAAAAAACUCAGCAUUGACAUUUGUUACAUUAUUAACAUGAGUAGUGUCACAGCAGAGAAGCUUUACAGAAAAGAAUAAUUGAGUAGAGUUUGGUCACAUAUGCUGGAGCCGGCUGGACCAAAUACUGCAUUUAUCUGCAGUGUGUUUGCUUUCUUCAAUUUGUCAAAAUAAGGCCUUGAAAGAGAAAUCUCUGCUCUAAUGUUCAAUUGUGGUUUGUUUGUCCAACAGAAAAAAGUGAAUAUGACUAAAAACAUAAAAACAUGAUAUGAAAAACUGAAA